GGACUUUCUGUGAUAACAUGGUCAGAGUCCAGUGACACAAAUUCAGGCAUAAUCAGGCGGAUGAAGACAUACAUCUUGUGCCAAAGAACCUGAUCUCCUUCUGCCAUGGACACUGAGUAUCGACAGUUCAGGUCAUCUGAUAGCAGCCCUGUCUACGAGAGAGAGUCCACAGUGCCAACACCAAGAGGUUUGAAGAAUGUAGUGUCAUAUUUCCUGUAUGGAAUCCUGGUGCUGCUGCUGUUGAUUCUUCUGAUGGUCACAGGAAUAAAAUUCUCCCAGUUAAACAAGGAAAUCACCGAAGUAAAAAAUCAACUCGAGAGAAUCAGCAAAACAGGAGGAACCUCAUCGUCUCAUUCAGGUCAUGCAGCAGUGGUGCAGGAUGUCCCCCUGGAGCCACUUGUCCCAGUGAGAGGAACAUGUAGGGAGGGAUGGUCGUCUUUUAAGAGUGGCUGUUACCUGCUGUCCACCACAUUUGUUACCUGGCACAGAGCAGAUGAGCAGUGCAAAGCACAUGGAAGUCACCUGUUUGUACCGAAUAAUGUAGAGGAACUGGAUUACAUUUCACAAAUAGUUGAAAUCAAUCAUGACUUCUGGAUUGGACUGGUGGAGAGAGAAGAGGGCCACUGGACCUGGCUGGAUGGCACUGACUUCAGUACAACCACAACAUACUGGGAUGAAGGCCAGCCUGAUGACUGGGACUUCAGAGAGAAUGGAGAAGACUGUGGCCAGCUUCACUCUUCUGCGAUACGUAAACGCAAACUGUGGAACGAUGCGGACUGCGGCCUGAAGUAUAGAUACAUCUGUGAGAGCAAGGCAUGAGAGACGGAGGCUCUGACAGAGAUGCUUAAGUCUCACUGACAUGAAAAAGCCAGAUGUGUUGAUAAUAGGUCAGAAUUACACUGAUGGUAAUGCUGUUUUUGAUACCAAUGUAGGAUUUUUAGUAAAAAAUGCAUUUAUGAAAGCGAGGAAAAUAAAAGACAAACAUGACAAACA